AUGCUCCGUCAAGUAAAACCUCGCAACGCCCGCUCAAAGCGAGCCCUUGAAAAGCGCGAACCCAAAGCCGUCGAAAACCCCAAGCAAUGCCUCUUCCUCCGCGGCACGUCUUGCUCUCAAAUCACCCAAGACGCUCUCACCGACCUCCAUUCACUCCGCCUCCCUCUUGCCAAGAAAUUCACCAAGAAGAACCCCAUCCACCCCUUUGAAGACGCCUCCUCCCUCGAAUUUUUCUCCGAGAAGAACGAUGCCUCCCUCCUCGUCUUUGGGAGCAGUCAGAAGAAGCGGCCUCACACCCUGACGCUUAUCCGCACAUUUGGCUACAAAGUCCUCGACAUGUUGGAGCUAUACCUCGACCCGGAGACCUUCCGAACCAUGGCGCAAUUCAAGAAUAAGAAGUUUGCCGUUGGUCUGCGGCCGAUGCUCCUCUUUGCGGGCACGGCAUUUGAGAGCCCCGUCAGCAACGAGUAUACUCUGGCAAAAAGCCUGCUUCUUGAUUUCUUCAAGGGCGACCCUUCGGAUAAGAUUGACGUGGAGGGCCUGCAGUACAUUGUUUCCGUCACGGCGGAGGAUGCUACGGGCGACGGGGACGCCAAGCCUGCUAUUCAUCUGCGCUCCUACAUGAUUCAGACGAAGCGUAGCGGACAGAAGCUGCCCCGUGUGGAGGUCGAGGAGAUUGGGCCGAGAAUGGACUUGAGGGUUGGUCGUGUCAAGGAGGCGGAUGAGUCUAUGCUCAAGGAGGCCAUGAAGAAGGCUCGCGGUCUGGAGGAGCGGACCAAGAAGAACAUCACGACGAAUUCGAUGGGUGAUAAGAUUGGUAGAGUGCAUUUGGGCAAACAAGACCUCAGCCAGCUGCAGUUGAGGAAGAUGAAGGGCUUGAAGAGAUCGAGAAAUGAUGAGGAGUUGGUAGAAGAUGUUAUUGCUGAUGACGAUACUAAGAGGAUAAAGCAGUAG